AAAGAUGUCUGUAGAAAACGUAUGGUGAGUUGCCAGUGGCUGAUGUCUUCUCCCUUCCAAUCCACCAAGCAAGCAUCCGGAAAAACCUUAUCACCUCAAGGAAGGGGAACCAAAUCAUCGAUCAUGGAUGGUCACCGUGAAGGGAUGCCUCAUUUUGUUCUGGUUCCGCUGAUGACACAAGGCCACAUGAUUCCCAUGACUGAUCUGGCGCUGCUCCUCGCUGACCGUGGUGUGCUCGUCAGCUUCAUCACGACGCCUUGCAACGCAGCACGCAUCAAGGACACCAUUCACCGGGCUCGGGACUCCGGCCUUCCCAUCCGGUUCGUUGAGCUCCCGUUCCCCGGCGCAGAAGAAGGCUUAGCGGAGGGAUGGGAGAACAUCGACGACUUGCCAAGGGCAGAGCUCUACAUAAAUUUCUACAGGGCGACUUAUCUUCUUCAACAGCCGCUUGAACUGUAUCUGCAGGGUCAGCAGCAGCCGUACCCGAGCGUGAUCAUUUCCGACUUUUGUCACCCUUGGACGCUGAAGGUCGCUCGUAAUCUUCGAAUUCCGCGCGUCACGUUCUUCAGUAUGCCCUGCUUCACCCUCUUGUGCACCUUCAAUAUCUGGCGCUACAAGGUCUAUGAGAGGAUCGCCGACGAGCACCAGCCUUUCACGGUGCCAGGCUUGAGGGAGAAGAUCGAGGUGACUCGGGCUCAAGCGUCAGAGUUCUUUCCCGGACCAAUCUUCGAAAACAUAGCAAAAGACGUGCGAGAAGCUGAGUUCGCAGCGGAUGGCAUAGUGGUGAACAGCUUUCAAGACUUAGAACAUGCAUACAUCGAGGGAUACCAGGAGGCCAUGGGGAAGAUAGUAUGGACCACGGGGCCAUUGUUCCUCCGCAGCAGGAGCAUCGCUGACAUGGCUAUAAGGGGAAGAAAGGCAUCAAUCGACGUUGAUCACUGCCUGAGUUGGCUGGGCACGAUGAAGCCGAGGUCGGUUCUUUAUGUGGGUUUUGGAAGCCUCACACGAACAGACCCUUCUCAACUGAUGGACAUUGGAUUGGGGCUGGAGGCAUCUGAUCACCCGUUUAUUUGGGUGAUGAGGUACAGCGAAGAGUCUGCAGAGAAGAUCGAGCCAUGGCUGGCCGGAGGAUUUGAAGAGAGGGUCGGUUCCAGGGCGCUCAUAAUCAAGGGGUGGGCACCGCAACUCAUGAUCCUAUCCCACCCAGCGAUAGGAGGAUUCUUGACGCACUGCGGCUGGAACUCCACCUUGGAGGCCAUCUCGGCAGGCAUACCCAUGAUCACAUGGCCACACUUCACCGACCAAUUCCUGAACGAAAGAAUGAUCGUGGAUGUGUUGAAGGUUGGAGUGCCUGUCGGGGUAAAAGAACCAAAUUUCAUAGGAAUGCAGAGGAGUGAAACAUUGGUCUCGAGGAACGAUGUGGAGAGGUCUGUGAGGAGUCUAAUGGAUGAAGGGAAGGAAGGCGAAGAAAGGAGGCAGAGGGCCGAGCGAUUGGGAGAGAAGGCUAACGCCGCCAUGAAAGAAGGGCGGGGUUCAUCUCAUUCCAAUGUCACACGCUUGAUCGAGCACUUCUCGGCCAAUGCAACUGUCUAAGUAUGCAACACGCAUGAAGGUCUAUGGUCUUUGAAUUGGCAUCCUUUAAUUAGGUGGUUUGACCUUAGUAGACGUGUUAAUAGAGUUGUAAAACGGUUGCUUGGAUGAUUGCACAUAACUUGUAUUUACGGGAUUAAAAUGGUUAUAAAAGUUAACCAAAA